AUGGGUGAAAAUAACUUCAACUACACUUUCUCAUUCUACGAUAGAUGGGUUGUAAGGUACAUUCCUCUAUUUAGUGUGUGUGUGUGUGUGUGUGUGUUUUUAUCUUACGACCUCAGUUUCAAAAUCAUAAAUGACUUAUACAUUGAUCAUUCAUUUUCAUACAAAAUGUGAUAAUCAACUUAUUUCAAAACAAGUUGUACAAGAUACGAUUCAGUGUCAGCAUCCGACCUAGGUCUUUCUAUCAAGUGUAUUCUUUAAUAUUUCUCUCGUCUUGUGUCAUAAUGAUGGCUAUCCAGUGCGGGAUCAUGACAUUUUAUCUGAUAUACUGCAUUUUGUUAUAGCUAUGGUGGGUGUUGUUGGAUAUCCUUGUCCCGGUAUAGGAAUGGCAAUUGGCUUGUAUCGACCACCGUUAAUUUGACCAGAAGGUCAGAUAAUGGGAGAAUUAACUCGUCUCCUGUGUCAAGAAGCCCGGCUAUUGUUCGCUGGUCAGAAGGCUGUCCCAGUCAGUCUCUAAGGAUCCCUGUAGAAGACGCCGACGGAGAUGUGGUUAAAUGCCGCUAUGCAAAAUACUCCGAGUCCUACUUUUACACCAAUAGUUUUCCUUAUGGCACACUUGAUGAGGUAGUUAGACAUUUCUGUGUUAAUUGUCUGUACAACUUGUUUGUACCCGCGGUAUGGUUGUUUUGCAGGGUUUCUUUAUCCCCCGAAUUCGCAGAUCAAAUUGAACACUGAGUAUCUUUAUAAAGUGAAACAAAUGAGAAUACAGAAAUACAAUUGUAAAAGUUAGGUCGGGAGAGUUCUCUUAUGACCGUCGUCGGUAUUUAUUAGGGAGCUUAAGCAACGCGGGCGACGGCGACGGCGACGGCAACGGCAACGAAAACGUGACUUAAAAAGUGAAUUCGCACUGCUUCAAUUUUUGUCGCGCUUAUUCCAUCUCGUUUAAUUCGUCAAAUGUAAUGGCAAAUUUUUGUCGGGGUGGAAUUCUAAAGGACUGUAUCAAAGUUCAGGAAAAGAAAAAGAAAGUUGUUGUCUCUUGUGUUCCCGUCCUCGACAAAACGUGAAAUUAGGCACUUUCACGUUGUAGUCGUGCAAUGACGGCUAGGAAAUGUACAAAAAAGCGUGAUGCACGUGCAAACUUGCUGUUUUGCUAAUCUAAACCAAUUGCUUUUUUUUUUUUUCCCGUUCUCGUUGCCGUCGCCGUCGUCGUUGCCUAUGAGCUCCCUAUUGUUGAAACCAUGCAACUUUAAUGACGCCAUUUCUUGUAACCAUAUCCUUCUAUUUUCCAAUGAUCCGUCCCGGCUUCUUGUCCUUCCCACCGGAGAGAGUAACAUUAGUCUAUCUGCUAAUCUUCAUAUUCUGAAUUACCGUUAUUAUCAUUCAAUUAAGUUUUUCCUCUUUUGCAGAAAAAAUGUUUGCUGACGUAUAAUGGCAACGGAACGGCUGGUACUUACGCUGUUGCACUAACCUUAGAGGACUUUCCAGCAGGAAUUACAAACUUUGACAGCAUUACUCCAUUCAGUGCGGUGGGGCUGCAGUUUCUUGUCAUAAUAAGCAGCCGUUCUGGUUCUUGUAACAAUGUUCCUGUAUUUACUCCUUUAACUCCAAACGAUGGAGAAUGCACCGAAGUGCAGAUUGGUUCAUUGUACAGAGCUGUCAUUGAAGCCACACUUGCAGACUAUUCAAAAAGGUCACUAAAUUUUACUUUAUUUGGAUAAAUAUUUAAAGUAACGGUCUGUGUUAAAAACACAUGACUUAUCUCUUUGUGUCCAUAACUCAUCGCCAAUUCUUGGCAGGAUCACUGCAAUAGCAUAGCGCCAGUUACUGCGCGGGUUCACUAACAGUCCCUCCCCAUAUAAAAGAUAGACUACCACACCGGGACUACGUCCCCUACUCUUCACGAUCAGUGUGUGGGUUCAUUGACGUCCCACAGAAUUUGUGUAGGCAAGGGUUGGGAGACAGGGCCUACAGUUUAUCGUCCUUAUCUGAGAAAGAAAGAAAGAAAGAAAGAAAGAAAGAAAGAAAGAAUGAAUGAAAAAAAGAAAAGCCUAACCGUUGUACAUGUCUUUACAAAGGCAGCACUUUCUGCUCACUUUAUUACUGACCCUGGGUGUUGGUCCGACCGGGGUUUCAACCAGCAUCCUCCCGCUCGGCAGACCGGCGCUUCUUUAACGGAGCUAACCGGACGAUAACUACCAACAUUCAACUGAUAGCACUCACUGUCUGUGGACCUGAAGAGCUCCUAAAUUGAUGCAGAUCUAUAUGAACUAAUUGAAAUAUAAAAAGAUUGUCGUUCAGGUUAUCGCGAUCAGAAACUAACCAACACAUGUAAAGAUCGACUAACGCGUUGCUGUAAAUUCUUAACUCUUAUUUCAUUUUGAAAUUUCAGCAUUGUGGAGAUAGUGACUUCGUCUCCACCUGGAAUGCAAUUUACUUCUUUAACUUUCCAUGGAGGAGUCUAUUACAGAAAUGUCACGUGGUACCCCAGCCAAUAUCAAGUAGGACAGCAGUCGUUUUGCUUCAAAGCAGUUGACUCCUCGGGGUGAGAUGGCGAAAAAAUAGUUACUUGACUAAUUGACUGAUAUAGGACGAAUAGUUAAUAGAAUACAUGUAGAAUAAUAUUAGGUGUUUGCGCGAGAUUUUCCAGUAAAUUUAUUUAGUGUACGGUAUUAGUGAAGGAAACCGAUUAAAUAAAGGUAUUUGUAAUUAUUAUAAUGAGCUUUAAUUUAGAACUGAUAUUUGUCCCCGGAACAUGAAUAAAUUUCAGUCCUUGGAUGAAAUUCGGAAAUCCCUGGAAAAUUCCGUAAGAAUUGGAAUCGAUUUCUUUUAAAUGAGCACUUUGGUUUCAGCAUUACUGACUAUUCAGUCUGUCAGUUAAUUUCGUUUGACUUUAUGAUCUUCUUUGUGAAGUUCAUCUUAAUUUAACGCUCAUACGCUGGCGUGCCAGAUUUUGUUUAUGACAUUUAGCUUAAACAUUUAUUUAGUUUACGGAAAAGUUUUUGCCUUGUUAUGGGUGUUAAAAGGUAACAAAGUUCAUCUCAUGAUCGGCAAUGGCAUAUCGACUACGUUUCUGACGUUUGGCCCAGUAUAGCGGCAUAGUCCUGUAAUAUAGGACUCAGGGACGUAGCGUGCUUUACGGAAAUACGCAUGUACGUACUUGAGAAAUUGGUGGGAAAUUUUUAAAAGAUUGACUAAGUAAAAGCCGUUUUUAAUGUCGUGACUCGACCUUGUAUCGUGCAGAUUUGUUCUGUCUAUCUCGCUGUUAUUCUGCAUCGUUUUUACACGAAAAACACAACAGUUUUAGUAGUGUAACGUGAUAAAUUUGAAACAUUCUUGAGAUGUAUGCCUUUAAUUAGGCGAUCCCACAAGACAUUGCGUUUUAAUAAACAACGAAGCUGGACUAGGGGAAUUCGUGCAAACUCGUUUGUCAUCACAAAGAAUCGACCCUGACUGACCAUCAUUCCUUUCAAGAUGUAUCUGGAAAGUUUUCCCAUUAAAAAACUAUUCAUUUUUUUAGUUUUCUCUCUCGUCUAUAAAUGUCGAAAAAGUUUAUCAAAGACUACAUUAAUCUCGCUCACCUGAGAAAACAUGGACCAGACCAUGCCAACCAUAAUCGAGAUAUAAUGCUGAAGCAAAUCUGUUAGGUGCACGUAGUAAAUUUACUGCGUGUGUUAUGUUGAAAGAAUAUUAAAUAUUCACCCACCAUUUGUUGUGUCAGUUGCUGUGCUGAUACUUAUAUGAAAUAAAAUGUCAUCCUUGUUAGUAUUUUUUUAUAUAAAGAAUGCUAAUGAGGAUGAAAUUUUGAAAGCUUGACAGUGUUUUACUGAGGUUUAAAACACGAGCACGUGACGGAUUCUAGCGGACGUGAUAGGUUGUUGAGCUCAUGAAUUAUUAAUGAGUUUUUGGAAAAAAAAAAUAAAAGCGACAGUAGAGCUUACAUUUCAUUCCUAACAUAGUAUUAGUGUUUUGCUACAUUUUCGUUUAGCAUUUGAAUGAAGCAUCUUCUAUGAAUUUCGUGUCAAUUAUUCAGCGCUUUGGAAGUUUAUUUAGAGGAGGAUCCACUGGACGAAAAAAUGGAUUUGCACAAAUCUGCUCCUUGCAAAUAUCACGCAAAUUUGUAGAAACUGGGGAGUAAAUCUGGGGUAAAGAUGAUAAUGCCACAUUUGUCGCCUAGUUAUUUACACCCCCUGUUUACUAGUAUGCAAAUGUGGCAUUUACAUCUUUGCCCCUAACUUAUUCCUCCGUUUUAACAAUUUUUCUACAUAUUUACAAGAAGCAAAUUUCUGCAAAUCCAUUUUUUCGUCCAGUGGGAGCCUCGUUUCUUCUCGUAAACAUUCUAGUACCAGCUCAACGAAGAACGUUUGAAAAGCUUUUUUUAAGUCACGUUCUAUCUUAAACAAGCCUGUUAGCUGCCAAAAGAUGUAUUACAGGAAAGCAAAAACGUUAUUUUGUACGAAUAUGGAUCCGUGUUCGUACUUGCCAAAAUGGUCACGCUACGCCCCUGGGACUGUUGCUGACAGUGGCUGACGAUUCGACGAUCAUGCUUCACCUAUACUAUCUAUGAGUGACUCCUGGGCUCAAACCUUUCCCGAUGUUGUAAACGUUGUACAAUCAGGAUACAAUUUUUACAAUAAGGAAUGCUUGUUCUUUUCUCCCUUUUUCUCGUAGCAUGGGAACUGAAUGGCGCUGCGUAACUAUUCUCGUGGGAAUAAGUAAGUAACCGUUUAAUCGUCGGUCGUAAAAGUAAAUCGAACCUCAAACACGAUGGUACAAAAGCAGAAGCAAUGCGAAAAGAUUGCUUAUCGUGAGGUUCUCUUUUAGACGCGGUCUAUUAAUUACAGGCACAAAAUGGUGUUGGGUUCACACACUGAGUACCCGAAAUGUAACUGUGUAGAUAGUCACGCCAUUAAGCCUUUUCAGACGCCAUUUUGAAACAUAGUACAAAACAGUGGACUGCCCCAGAACUAACAAAAACGGUAUACAGACGGCGUCUACUUUUGUAACCGAGGACAAGAUCUCGACCUCGAGCACUUUACAAAUGCCCGAAAUCUAGCGGGGUACUCGAAAAAAGGGCGGUUCACAUUUAUUUAGUGCCCAGCGAGUACCGCUGGCACCGUGCCCGGGCACCAAUUGUGAACGCUGCUUCACAUAACGCAAAUGUUAUCUAACGGCUGAAUAGAUGGCGAUGGUGAGGAACGUCUAGAAUUGCAUUAAUUUACUGAGAUUUUUUAUUGCUAUUGCUGACGCACAAAUUUUGUUGAGUAUAUUUCACUAUUAUUUCAAAAAGAGCUGAAUUAUUUUCUAAUUAACAAUUAUUCUUUGAAAUCGAGGUGAAUAGUGGCUAAAUAUUUACCGAGCCGAGAAAGCAGCGAGGUAAACAUUUCUAAAGCCACUAUUCACCUAGAUGGAAAAGAAUAAUUGUUUUAGUAUAUACACACGAACUGGUCUCAACAAAAUCGGAGAGGAAACCAUUAAAAAGUACGAUUUGAUUGACAGAUCAAAUCACGCGAAAGUUUAAAAAUAGAUCUUUGUAGAAUUUUCAAACAUGGCAAUUCACAAGGUUAUCACUUCGCAAACGACAGCGUAAUGGCUUUAAUGAAACCGUUAAAAGUUUGAAUUGUUUCCUUACCUGAGAAGAAAAGAAGAGCUUUGUUGUUUUCUCUUGACUCACCAAGUUUAUAGCCGAAGAGGUUUGUUGUGUCGUUCUUCGCAUGAAGUGCUGACAAAAAUGGCGGCUCGGUUCCUCGAGGUAAGACUUCGUCUUCACGUAGCAUUCUUUCUCCUAUUUACUUGAAACGGAGAAUUUCUGCAAACAUUUGCUUUCAAAUUUGUUUGUCACAAAUACACUUCGAUUUUUGGGCCAAAUUUUUCUUGUUAGGAAACGAUAAGUUCACGAAACGGCCUCUUCUACGCGAAUAAACGGGAGUUGUAAACAAUCCAUCGAUCACAAAACUCAGUUACAGUAAAUGGAAAAACGCCGUUUUGAAUCCUUCGAAGUCUUUUCUUGCCGAAAAAAAAGUCAACCUUAGGAUUUUGUCGACUUUUAAAAGAUCUUUCUCUAAAAAACUGGGAAAAACACCGAGCGCACACAUUAUCCACUCACUAGGAGGUAAAUAUUGUUGAAUAGUCUGAGAUAGCGAACCAAUCAGAUUGCUUAAAUCACCAAGAUCACUGAGUGUGUACAUACUAAUUGUAGGUAGUACACCUCGAGUCAUUUGGGGAAGCCAGACUCCACAAAGUCCCCUCAAAAACAGCGGGCCGGGUUAUAUAUGGUGGAGCAUACAGUUUGAUCGCGUGGUAAGUACAGUAUUCUGAUUAACGUUCUAAAUUGUUGGUUGAAAUAAGCUUGGCAUAGUCCUCCUUUACUUUAUUUGACAAGCAUUAGCAUCUUCAUUAUUUCAUAAAUAAAAUGUUUAAGGCAGAAUAUUGGCCAAGUUUUAGACCAUAUAUAUGAGCAAACUUGACCAGUGUGGUAAGUAAAGGGUUUAUUACGUACAAAAAACGCCUCUUUCAGAAAAAAAAUCGAGCGAUUCCGAAUGAGUGUCUCUCCCGCUCGUAGCCAAUUCGAAAACAGAUUCGCUUAAUUUUGCCUGCUCACAUAACAAAGCCAGCUGUUGACGUAUUUUUUUGUUAAAAAUACAGAUAAAGAAGCCUCGCACUUCUUCCUUUAUCCGGCUGGUUCUUCUUCCCAGUGGUCAUACAGUUCAUAAAUUGGACACACUCUCUCAGUUUGUUAUAAUUAACAGUACCACCCUGCAGUUUGCAAUACCUUAUGCUGCAUUAAGUAUGAACGGCUCGUACGCUAUUUUGAUGGAUCGUGGAGCAGUAGUUGGACAAGGUUGUUCGUACGAUGGACCACCUACACCAGGAAUAACUAACACAAGUGACUGGCAGUUUACUGCUGGUUUUUGUCCUGUCGGAUAUACCCUUGCUCCACCAGAUUUUUCUAACUGUGUUGGUAUGUAUAGUUAGCUUUUUCCCGAUCGCACAUGAUUAUUUAUAUAAAAUAUUUCUACGUUUCUUAUUGGCUCAAAUUCUCCGGCUAAUUCUCCUUUUGUAAUAUCCUGUAAAAUGACGUUAAAAGUACAGGCUUUCGCCAGGAAAAGGUAUAGCAGCCGAGAACCUCUGGGUAAGGGGUUGUGGAAGCUCGGUUGUUUCUGGGGAAAGUCUGCGGAAAUUUCACACGUUUAGCGAAAAACCAUAGCCAACUUUCUGUCUAACAUAGCAAGAACAGCAAAUUAAUACAACUCAACGGAUGAGCCACUGGCUGAUAUGUGAAGAAUGCCUGUUAGAUUAAACUUGCCUUAAUCAUUAUGAAGUUUUCGAGGAAGAGACGUGAGACAGGAACUUAACAUCGAUCGCUGUAAGCAUGUUUUCGAGUAAGAAUAAUAUAUUAAACGAUUAAAACUAAGAUUUGUUUUAAAAAAAAAAAAAUUGGACAGAUACCUUAAGGCCGGCAUCCCUCUCUUUUCCUCUUUCGAGAAAUCCCCGCUAACCAAGCGGGAAAUUAUUCAUGUAUUCAUCAAGUUAACUCCGUGGCCACAGUCCGAUCAGGGGAAAACUAACCGGAUAUCGGACAGCAAUGAAUAACAUACCGUAAAAUUCCAAAAAUAAGCCCCGGGGCUUAUAUUUUUCAAAGGCCCUUUUUGAGGGGCUUAGUUUUGGAGGGGCUUAUAUUCGGAGGGGCUUAUCUACGGAGGGAAAUUUGCGUUUCAAAAUCGAUUGGGCUAACCUUAUAGUUGGAAGUAAAUUUACCGUUUUUGCUUUGUUUUACUUUGUAUUUGAGGGCAAUUUCCAAGUACAAGCCCCCAGGGGGCUUACAUUUGGAGGGGCGAUUUAACGGAGGGUUUUUUGCGUUACCGGUUUGGGGGGCUUAUAUUUGGAGGGGCUUAUACAUGGAGGGGCUUAUUUUCGGAAUUUUACGGUACUACUCAGUUAUCUGCACUGUAUCCAAUCACUCUGGCGCCAACUUUUUGUAUUAGCUGAUUAUGACCGGGGCCUCUGUUACCUCGGUAAGCAGAGGAAAAUUCUUAAGUGACCUCAAUCAACUUCCUUGGGCCAAUGUUGAUUUGUAUUCUGAUCCAAAUGAAAUGUGGCUGCGUCAAUAAACACGCACCACUCAGCAAAUCGAAAAGAAUUCGAAAAAAACGAUCUCCACGGAUUACUAGAGAGUUACUGAGUAAAAUCCGAAAACGAGAUUUCCUUAAAAAAGGGAAAUCUCCUCCAAUAACCCGGCUAUAUGGGAUCAAUUUAGGUGUGCACAAACCAGGCUAAUAACGCAGUUAAACUCGCAAAGAAACUCUAUGUUUUUGACAACCUGGAAACCAACAAAGGUAAAUUGCGCAAAACAUGGAAUGUUAUCAACGAGCUAACUUCACGUAACAGUGGUAAGUGGACGAAUAUUUUGGAGAUCAAGGUACAUAAUAAAAUAGUAACCCUAUGGACAUUGCGGAAAGUGCUAACGAUCACUUUACAAACGCGCGGGCGUUGCGCAAGUAUUAGCACAAGAUAUUCCUGUUGUCGAUGUUAAUUCUGAGUCUUACUUACAGCCCACUGGUCAUUCGUUUUCUCUGCAAAUUCCGAGGGUUGAUAUUGUUUUUAACAUUUUGUCGAAAACUGAUGAAAAGAAAGCCACCGAUCUUGACAUGAUUCCGAGUAAAUUGUUGAAAAUGGCUGCUAGUAUCGUUGCGCCCUCUCUUACCUCUACAUUCUCAUGAAAGUCUACUCUCACGUGGAUAUAUCCAAACGAUUGGAAAACGACCAAAGUGACUCCACUUUUUAAAAAGGGAAUUAAAUCGGAUCCUAACAACUAUGGGCUAAUAUCUGUAAUCCCUAUAAUUUCGAAAGUUUUUGAAAAAAUUGUUUACAAUCAACUUUUCCAUUAUCUAGAUGAAAACAAAUUGCUACUACGUUGCCAAUCAGGGUUUCGUUGACUUCUCUACAUGGUACGCUCACGGCUUUGCUUGAGGCAACAAAUGCUUGGUCAGUAAACAUCGCCAAUGGCUUUCUAAAUGGCGUUGUCCUUAUUGACCUUACUAAGGCAUUCGACACCAUUGAUCAUGAGAUCAUCUUGCGUAAUUAUAAGAUGUCAUACUUGGGUGUCGAUCAGGCAGCUAUAAUAAAGUGGUUCUCGUUGUACCCAAAGAUGUAAUGUCAGUGGCAAAAGAUCAACUGCUCGUACCCUCAAUUGCGGCGUGCUGCAGGGUGGCAAAUUGGGUCCUUUGCUAUUUUUAAUUUACAUUAAUGACCUUCCCAACUCCCUAAGGGGCGACGUACCAAGAAUGUUUGCCGACGACACCAAUCUUACGUUAUCUGAUAAGACGUUAACAGAGCUUAAGCUAGCUCUAACCCCUGAAUUAAAUAACCUUAGCAGUUGGCUGAAAGCUAACAAACUCAGUCUAAAUGUUGCUAAAAAAGAGCUUAUGAUUACUGGAUCAAGACAAAGACUAUCUGCCCAAUGUGAUGAUGUAGAAAUCAGAAUUGAUCACCAAAUUAUCAAGAGAGUCGAUCAUACCAAAUCCUUGGGUCUUACCAAAGAUGCUCAACUCUCUUGGGGUAAACACGUUGAAGAAAUUUGCAAGAAAGUCUGUUCAGCAAUAGGCGCCCUAAAACGUGUGCGGCCCUUUAUAUCCAAAGAAACUGCAAUUCAAAUUUAUAACGCUUUUUUUAUAUAUAUAUAUUGCUUUUUUAAUUACUGCAAACCUGUCUGGGACUGUUUGAGUGGUUACUUCUGAUAAGCUCCAAAUAUUACAGAAUCGCCAGAGUUAUUACUAAAUCACCCUUUGAGACUGGGAGAGGCUAUCUCUUCGAAGAAAGAAACAAAAAACCUUAAUGAUGUAUAAAACCAUGAACGACCUUGCUCCUGAAUAUCGACAAAGUCUUUUCUCCCACCGUCACUCUGCUUACAACUUAUCAAAGGGACCCUGAGGGAAGGCUGACCCUGUCCAAACCAAGCACCAAUUAUUUGAAACGAAGCUUUUUUUACAGAGGGGGCAUGUUAUGAAAUAACGUGUCCAUGCAGCUUAUGCUGCAUCUGUUGAGCAUUUUAAGCGAAAUAUCAAGAAAGUAGCUGAUAUAUUGGAUUCCCACGCGGCAAUCAUGUAAAGCAGUUGUAAUUAGUUUUAGUUUUUAACUUACGCUUAACUGAUGAUUUCCUGUGUUUACAUAAAGAAUUACAUACAUACAAGCCUCCGAAAAAUAGGACAGCCCGGUUUAAGUAAUCAGCCUCUAAGUAAGGGAAGAGUGUAAGACCUUUUUUUUUUUUAUUAUUUUCAGACAUAAACGAGUGUGGGUCUCCUUCGAGAUCAAGACGUAGUUUUUAUUAUAAUUGGUGGAGUGUUACUAUGUCUUCGUCAACACUGUGGUUUAGUACCGGUGAGUUAAUCGGGGUUAAACUCUCCUUACAAUAGCUGUAUGUAUUGUAAAAUGAAGUGUGAGAAACUAAGAUAUUCUCUUCACAUUACUGACUACAGUAGUGCUAUAAACAGACAGACACUGCGUCUUAACAUGCAAAUCGCUACCUCAAAAUCACAUAACUGCAGGAAAUUAAAGUCGCGUAAGUCUAGUAAAAAAGUAGCCUGAGAAAACAGCCGACACUUCGCGACGCCACCACUGGUUUCCCCUCGAAACUCCAUACUGAUCACGAGUCAUUACCCAGAACUGCGUAGUGCUUCUGAUUUGUCGUGCUGCGUGGGAAAUUUGCUUCAAUCAGAAGCACUACCAAGAUCUGGGUAGUGAAGAGUCAUCAGUAUGGAGUUUCUGCGUUCGUUUCUCAGAAGUCAUUUCGUGGGGAAACUAGUCGGUGGCGUCGCGAAAUGUAGGCUGUUUUCUCAGGCUAGUAAAAAAGGUCUCACUAAAUUUAAUGAUUUCAAUAAUAAGAUCGUAAAACUAAGAAGGCUUUAUGCAGAUACAAAGACUCACUCUUGCUGGCAUGGAACGCGUAAACCAAGGUCGUUGAAUACACCUCAGUAAGUGUUUAAUGGAAUCCGUCAUCCGUCAAACAUCGAUAUAUUAAAGGAAGGGCUAAAGGACUGGCAAAAUCUGUUAGCUGAAACGAGGUUUCGUUAUAUAAAGGUUCUUUUUGUUUUUUUUGUUUUUUGUUUUUUGUUUUUUUUUUAUCACUGGGGUAAAGAAAUUCGUUCAUUAUACCGAGGACUUCGCUAAAUAGGGGUUUGUUAUAUCGAGAAUCCACUGUACUCACUUUUACUAAUUGCAAUCAGGGAGGAAAAGUACUAAAACAAAUAUCAAUAUAUGACAAUGGCUGACGACACUGACGGUAACAGGUUGCUACCGUUGAUCUAAAAAACAGAUCUCAUAAAUUCGCUGGGAAAAUUCGCGCCAAAGCUCAUGAUAUUCAUUGUAACGAUUUUGAAUUUCAACUCUUCUAGAAGGAAACAUAAGCGCGCCCUUAGUUAACGAGACAAUACAAACCUCAAGUACUGACCACGUUACUUAAAAAAAUUCCACAGCUUCAACAAGAACAAUCAGUCCAAGUUACAAAGCUUCAUCUAUUACGUCUCCAAGUUUAUCGCCAUCAGUGAGUGCCAGUCAAUCGGUUUCACCAAGCACUUCACCGUCAGUCAGUGCAAGCUUGCCACUUUCAUCAGGUACGUUUGAGGAGUUUAAGACACCUCGCCUUUUGUGGAACCUCAUGUAAUUGAGCGAGUUACUAGAUACCGUUUUUAUAAGCGUUGUGGCAAAUGAAGAAGAGUAGUUCAGUGAAACGCUAUUUUUAUCAUUCAUAAUGAGCGAUCUGAGGUGACCAGUUGCUCAAUGAUGUUAAGUAUAAAAGCACAUUCAAGUUUGAGCAAGAUUUCAAGGUGAAUGUUGUUUAUCGGCAGUGUUCUUUGCCUUGUUAACUUGCUGGCACGAACAAUUUUCGAAAAUAUUUUCCUUCCUUUUUUCUCCAUAAAUUAACUUUUAUUUAUAGACAAAAUUGGUCUUGCAAGAAAAUCCCGAAAUCACAAAACAGUGACAAAGCGGACCCGUUUUCCUCUGUAGUGGUAAACAUAGCUUCGAGUGUACAAUAAGUCAGCUACAGUAAACCACUACACAAUAAAUCACGUUGUUUAAACACCAUGAAGUCUCUUCUUACCUUCAAAGUAAUCAACACUUAGAUAUCCUUGUAUCUUCAAAAAGUUCUUACUAUGAAACUUUGGCAAAACACCCAGUUCACGACAGCGAUGUUGUUGUGCUGUAUAUUCACCGCCUAGCGAGGUGAAUAUAUAACGUCAUCGUCCGAGAUAGGGAACCAAUCAGAUUGCUUGAAUCACCAAAAUCACUGAGUGUGUGUAUAUACUAAUGCAUUUCAUUUUUCUUAAAAAAUCUUUCUGAAUAUUGACAUAAUAAAUAUUUUGUUCAUUUUAUUAUACAAUGAAGAAUUGAAUGCAACCACACAGGAAUCAUUUUAAUCAAUUACAAUUUAUAUAUGAGUUACAUGUAAAUUAUCCAGUCAUCUGAAAUAUUCACAUUGUAUAUCACACAUAGAAAAGAAACAUCAUGACAUUUCUUUACUAGUCUACUUUCUUCACUCAUUUGAUACUUCUUAAGAACAACUCCCACUGACUCAACAAAGGCUAUAAAAAUAUGUACAGUCAUGCAACUGUAAAACUUUAAACUAAUGUUUAAUAAUAAUUAAAUGGAUAAUAUUUUAUAGUAGAUUGUGUGAUGCUGUAAAUAUACAUUAUUUAUCCAAACUUCUAUCAGGGCACUGUUUAACUAUCAAAAUUAAGAUAAAAUAAUAUUUGACGUUUGCAAAUUAUUUUUCUUUAAAAUCAUUAAGCCUCUCCCUAACAGUCGAAUAGGAUCUAGAUCUCAUGAGGAAAUGAACAAUUUCAGUGGCGUCAGCCUACAAAAAACGACAAAAAUGCGAAUGAGUCUGAAAUAUUACAAACAAUAUUAACAAGGCGGGAGGGCGGGAAAACGAACGGUAAACACGUCGGAAAGUGGAAUGCGAAAGAGAGAAAGAACGCAUUCUAUGCGGACGAAUUUAUAGUGUAGAUUAACCAAUCAGACGGUGCUAGAGAGCCCUGUAGAGAACUACAACAUACCAGCGGAAAAUACGUAUAAUACCCUUGUUUGCCUUAGAGUGAAAUUCAAGAAGGCUUGCUCUAUCAAGUCCACUGGGCUUGAGAGAGGUUUGAACUGAUAGUGGCCAAUUGAUUACCUGAUACUAUUGGUUUCGUUUUAGGUUUGAGGUUAGUUGGAGGAAACUGGAACGGAGAAGGGAGAGUAGAGAUUUUGCACAAUGGGGUCUGGGGAACUGUUUGUGAUGACUACUGGGAUAUAAAUGACGCGAGAGUUGUUUGCCGUGAACUUGGAUAUCCAGACGCUGUUAGUGCUCCACACUCUGCACACUUCGGUCAAGGACGUGGUCGAAUUUGGUUGGACGAUGUAUCCUGCUCGGGAAUUGAAAGGUCUAUUGUAGAUUGUGGGCACAGAGGAUGGGGUGUGGAAAACUGCGGUCACGGUGAAGAUGCAUCGGUGAUUUGUUCAAGUGAGUACAACCUUAACAACCUAUGCAUAUAUUGACAAAUACACUGGUGUCUCUGGAUGUGCUUUCAUGCGUUAUUCAGUAUGCGAAAAAGCAAAGUAAUAUUAAGGCCUAGCGGAAGUGCAAAACACUGGAGAAAAAAACUACGUACCUACCUACUAGUUUGUUUCUUUUCAUAAAUAUUUUUAUCUAACCCUGACUGUGCAUUUACCUCUCUAGCAUUGCCAGAAAUCGGGGACAUUUCGCGCCCGUGAUUAAUUGUCAGCGGAAUCUCAUUUCCAAAUGGCGGACAAAAACGAUCGUAGUCAGGGAAAGCGUAUCCCCUGCGAUUUUUUAAAAUAAUUUGAGCUUUGUGGAUCCGUUUUACGAGGAAAAAGCUGGAAUAAAACACCUAGCAAGAAAAUGUUAGGUUUAUACCCGGCCGAGCGGCUGAUAGCAACAAAACAGUACGCGGAUGUACCUUUCGUGACAUUUUCGUGACAUUUUCGUGACAAUUUUGUUUUAAAACCAAGCCUGGUAGGCUAAUCGAGGAUUUUUGAAUGCCUGGAACCUAGUUUAUAUCCCGUGAAGCAUCUCUGGAGUUUUAGCAACAAACAAAAUGGCGAUUCGGUGAGGUUUGGAGUUGUGAAGCUUUGUCCGACCGAAAUGUGUCAUUCGCAACUAUGGCGUCCAUUACUGGACUACAGAUGGAAAACUGAGGGAAAUAACGCGCCUUUUGGAAGUAUUUUCAAGCGCAAAAAUCGUCCUUUUAACGACUGUUUUGGAAACAUCUUCCAUCGCAGAAGUAAUAUCGAGUCGGGCAAAUUUACUUCAGUGAAGGGUUUAUCCUCUAAUCGACGAGUAUUUCGCAUGACUUCGGCAAGAUUUUAAGACAAUGUAUGGAGAAAUGGAGCGUACAACGAGAGAUAAAAGUGGCCACUUCGGGAAGUAAGUAAACCUACUUCUAAUUAGCAAUUUUUAACCCAGAUGCGAAGGUUACACAGCACUUAACAUGUUUCGAGUCGGGCACCGAACACCCGUGAGCUCAUAAUCGAUAUAUUUGAAAAAGUUUCCUUAUCUCCAUACAUUUUCUUAUACGAAUUCGCAGCCAUUGUGGCCUUAGUGCGCACGCGCAACCGCCAUCUUCUCCCUAAUUUCUGGCAAUGCUAAUGCAUCUUCAAUACCUACAACUAUUUCACCAACAUCAGGUAACGGAAAACUUCCUUUUUGAUGUUUUUCUGCAUUCAGUUUUAGAAUUUUACAAACGCAUUUUAUUUUGUUCUUGUAGCAGAAAUCUCAGUAGCGACAGUUUUUAGCUCCGUCCCAAGUGGUUUCGGUAAGUCGUUUGACUAUACUUAACUUAUAGUUAAUCUGUACAGUAUGCGUUCAUUUUGAAAACUUAUAAACCCUUACAGUAUUUUCAGAAUUCAUUUCUGUUGUUUGUAACGUUUGAUUUAAUGCUUGAAAGAAAUAAGUCUUAUUUCAUUGACACAAACCUGUUAUCUUACUAUUCACAAGUAAUUGAACGAGUUCCAUAGAUCUUCUCGACAAGAUAACAAAGAUAUUUUAUGGGUAGUUUUUCGUAAUUUUGUUUGUUUUCAGCAAUAUCUCCAACGAAAAGUUCUUCUAUUACGCCAUUUACUGUAUCGAGUUCUGGUAAGUAUAGUUACGUUCUAAUUCGCUUCGCUCAAACAAACGUAAAUUAUUUUCCUCUUAAAUGUAUACAUAUACAUAUAUACAUUAUAAUACAUACAAAACAAACAAUGCUAUUUGAUGGUCGGAUGCUCAGCUAGGCAUUCCAUACCGACGUGGUUUUAUUACAGACUAACAAAACAGUACAUUUGAACGAUUAAUAGUUCAAGAAAAUAACAUUCUUAUUAAAUGCCUAAAUGACCAGUAACCUCUAAUCUUCUGGAAAUAUCUUCAUGGAUAUAAAUGUCUUUGAAUUUAUUUUAGGUAUCUCCUAACAGUCGAAUAGGAUCUAGAUCUCAUGAGGAAAUGAACAAUUUCAGUGGCGUCAGCCUACAAAAAACGACAAAAAUGCGAAUGAGUCUGAAAUAUUACAAACAAUAUUAACAAGGCGGGAGGGCGGGAAAACGAACGGUAAACACGUCGGAAAGUGGAAUGCGAAAGAGAGAAAGAACGCAUUCUAUGCGGACGAAUUUAUAGUGUAGAUUAACCAAUCAGACGGUGCUAGAGAGCCCUGUAGAGAACUACAACAUACCAGCGGAAAAUACGUAUAAUACCCUUGUUUGCCUUAGAGUGAAAUUCAAGAAGGCUUGCUCUAUCAAGUCCACUGGGCUUGAGAGAGGUUUGAACUGAUAGUGGCCAAUUGAUUACCUGAUACUAUUGGUUUCGUUUUAGGUUUGAGGUUAGUUGGAGGAAACUGGAACGGAGAAGGGAGAGUAGAGAUUUUGCACAAUGGGGUCUGGGGAACUGUUUGUGAUGACUACUGGGAUAUGAAUGACGCGAGAGUUGUUUGCCGUGAACUUGGAUAUCCAGACGCUGUUAGUGCUCCACACUCUGCACACUUCGGUCAAGGACGUGGUCGAAUUUGGUUGGACGAUGUAUCCUGCUCGGGAAUUGAAAGGUCUAUUGUAGAUUGUGGGCACAGAGGAUGGGGUGUGGAAAACUGCGGUCACGGUGAAGAUGCAUCGGUGAUUUGUUCAAGUGAGUACAACCUUAACAACCUAUGCAUAUAUUGACAAAUACACUGGUGUCUCUGGAUGUGCUUUCAUGCGUUAUUCAGUAUGCGAAAAAGCAAAGUAAUAUUAAGGCCUAGCGGAAGUGCAAAACACUGGAAAAAAAAAACUACGUACCUACCUACUAGUUUGUUUCUUUUCAUAAAUAUUUUUAUCUAACCCUGACUGUGCAUUUACCUCUCUAGCUAAUGCAUCUUCAAUACCUACAACUAUGUCACCAACAUCAGGUAACGGAAAACUUCCUUUUGAUGUUUUUCUGCAUUCAGUUUUAGAAUUUUACAAACGCAUUUUAUUUUGUUCUUGUAGCAGAAAUCUCAGUAGCGACAGUUUUUAGCUCCGUCCCAAGUGGUAUCGGUAAGUCGUUUGACUAUACUUAACUUAUAGUUAAUCUGUACAGUAUGCGUUCAUUUUGAAAACUUAUAAACCCUUACAGUAUUUUCAGAAUUCAUUUCUGUUGUUUGUAACGUUUGAUUUAAUGCUUGAAAGAAAUAAGUCUUAUUUCAUUGACACAAACCUGUUAUCUUACUAUUCACAAGUAAUUGAACGAGUUCCAUAGAUCUUCUCGACAAGAUAACAAAGAUAUUUUAUGGGUAGUUUUUCGUACUUUUGUUUGUUUUCAGCAAUAUCUCCAACGAAAAGUUCUUCUAUUACGCCAUUUACUGUAUCGAGUUCUGGUAAGUAUAGUUACGUUCUAAUUCGCUUCGCUCAAACAAACGUAAAUUAUUUUCCUCUUAAAUGUAUACAUAUACAUAUAUACAUUAUAAUACAUACAAAACAAACAAUGCUAUUUGAUGGUCUGAUGCUCAGCUAGGCAUUCCAUACCGACGUGGUUUUAUUACAGACUAACAAAACAGUACAUUUGAACGAUUAAUAGUUCAAGAAAAUAACAUUCUUAUUAAAUGCCUAAAUGACCAGUAACCUCUAAUCUUCUGGAAAUAUCUUCAUGGAUAUACAUGUCUUUGAAUUUAUUUUAGGUAUCUCCUAACAGUCGAAUAGGAUCUAGAUCUCAUGAGGAAAUGAACAAUUUCAGUGGCGUCAGCCUACAAAAAACGACAAAAAUGCGAAUGAGUCUGAAAUAUUACAAACAAUAUUAACAAGGCGGGAGGGCGGGAAAACGAACGGUAAACACGUCGGAAAGUGGAAUGCGAAAGAGAGAAAGAACGCAUUCUAUGCGGACGAAUUUAUAGUGUAGAUUAACCAAUCAGACGGUGCUAGAGAGCCCUGUAGAGAACUACAACAUACCAGCGGAAAAUACGUAUAAUACCCUUGUUUGCCUUAGAGUGAAAUUCAAGAAGGCUUGCUCUAUCAAGUCCAUUGGGCUUGAGAGAGGUUUGAACUGAUAGUGGCCAAUUGAUUACCUGAUACUAUUGGUUUCGUUUUAGGUUUGAGGUUAGUUGGAGGAUACUGGAAAGGAGAAGGAAGAGUAGAGAUUUUGUACAAUGGUUACUGGGGGACUGUUUGUGAUGACUCCUGGGAUAUAAGCGACGCGAGAGUUGUUUGCCGUGAACUUGGGUAUCCAGACGCUGUUAGUGCUCCGAGGUAUGCACACUUCGGUCAAGGAAGUGGUCCAAUUUGGUUGGAUAAUGUAUUCUGCUCGGGAAAUGAAAGUUCCAUUGUAGAUUGUAGGCACAAUGGAUGGGGUGUAGAAAACUGCGCUCACAGUGAAGAUGCAUCGGUGAUUUGUUCAAGUAAGUACAACCUAACCAACCUAUGCAUAUAUUGACGAAUACACUAGAGUGGCUUCAUAUGCGUUAUUCAGUAUGCACAAAAGCAAGGUAAUAUUAAGGCCUAUAGCUAGUAGAAGUGUAAAACACUGAAUAAAAAACUACCUACCUUACCUACCUACUAGUUUAAUUGUUUCUUUUCAUAAAUACUUUUAUUUAACUCUAUGCAUUUACCUUUUACUCUAUAGCUAAUGCAUCUUCAAUACCUACAACUGUUUCACCAACAUCAAGUAACAGAAAACUUCCUUUUUGAUUUUCCUGCAUUCAGUUUCAAUUGGAAUUGUAACAAACACAUUUUAUUUUGUACUUGUGGCAGAAAUCUCAGCAAGGACAGUUUCUAGCUCCGUACCAAGUGGUAGCGGUAAGUAGUUUGACUAUACUUAACUUAUAGUUAAUCUGUACAGUAUGCGUUCAUUUUGAAAACUUAUAAACCCUUACAGUAUUUUCAGAAUUCAUUUCUGUUGUUUGUAACGUUUGAUUUAAUGCUUGAAAGAAAUAAGUCUUAUUUCAUUGACACAAACCUGUUAUCUUACUAUUCACAAGUAAUUGAACGAGUUCCAUAGAUCUUCUCGACAAGAUAACAAAGAUAUUUUAUGGGUAGUUUUUCGUAAUUUUGUUUGUUUUCAGCAAUAUCUCCAACGAAAAGUUCUUCUAUUACGCCAUUUACUGUAUCGAGUUCUGGUAAGUAUAGUUACGUUCUAAUUCGCUUCGCUCAAACAAACGUAAAUUAUUUUCCUCUUAAAUGUAUACAUAUACAUAUAUACAUUAUAAUACAUACAAAACAAACAAUGCUAUUUGAUGGUCGGAUGCUCAGCUAGGCAUUCCAUACCGACGUGGUUUUAUUACAGACUAACAAAACAGUACAUUUGAACGAUUAAUAGUUCAAGAAAAUAACAUUCUUAUUAAAUGCCUACAUGACCAGUAACCUCUAAUCUUCUGGGAAUAUCUUCAUGGAUAUACAUGUCUUUGAAUUUAUUUUAGGUAUCUCCUAACAGUCGAAUAGGAUCUAGAUCUCAUGAGGAAAUGAACAAUUUCAGUGGCGUCAGCCUACAAAAAACGACAAAAAUGCGAAUGAGUCUGAAAUAUUACAAACAAUAUUAACAAGGCGGGAGGGCGGGAAAACGAACGGUAAACACGUCGGAAAGUGGAAUGCGAAAGAGAGACAGAACGCAUUCUAUGCGGACGAAUUUAUAGUGUAGAUUAACCAAUCAGACGGUGCUAGAGAGCCCUGUAGAGAACUACAACAUACCAGCGGAAAAUACGUAUAAUACCCUUGUUUGCCUUAGAGUGAAAUUCAAGAAGGCUUGCUCUAUCAAGUCCACUGGGCUUGAGAGAGGUUUGAACUGAUAGUGGCCAAUUGAUUACCUGAUACUAUUGGUUUCGUUUUAGGUUUGAGGUUAGUUGGAGGAAACUGGAACGGAGAAGGGAGAGUAGAGAUUUUGCACAAUGGGGUCUGGGGAACUGUUUGUGAUGACUACUGGGAUAUAAAUGACGCGAGAGUUGUUUGCCGUGAACUUGGAUAUCCAGACGCUGUUAGUGCUCCACACUCUGCACACUUCGGUCAAGGACGUGGUCGAAUUUGGUUGGACGAUGUUUCCUGCUCGGGAAUUGAAAGGUCUAUUGUAGAUUGUGGGCACAGAGGAUGGGGUGUGGAAAACUGCGGUCACGGUGAAGAUGCAUCGGUGAUUUGUUCAAGUGAGUACAACCUUAACAACCUAUGCAUAUAUUGACAAAUACACUGGUGUCUCUGGAUGUGCUUUCAUGCGUUAUUCAGUAUGCGAAAAAGCAAAGUAAUAUUAAGGCCUAGCGGAAGUGCAAAACACUGGAGAAAAAAACUACGUACCUACCUACUAGUUUGUUUCUUUUCAUAAAUAUUUUUAUCUAACCCUGACUGUGCAUUUACCUCUCUAGCUAAUGCAUCUUCAAUACCUACAACUAUGUCACCAACAUCAGGUAACGGAAAACUUCCUUUUUGAUGUUUUUCUGCAUUCAGUUUUAGAAUUUUACAAACGCAUUUUAUUUUGUUCUUGUAGCAGAAAUCUCAGUAGCGACAGUUUUUAGCUCCGUCCCAAGUGGUAUCGGUAAGUCGUUUGACUAUACUUAACUUAUAGUUAAUCUGUACAGUAUGCGUUCAUUUUGAAAACUUAUAAACCCUUACAGUAUUUUCAGAAUUCAUUUCUGUUGUUUGUAACGUUUGAUUUAAUGCUUGAAAGAAAUAAGUCUUAUUUCAUUGACACAAACCUGUUAUCUUACUAUUCACAAGUAAUUGAACGAGUUCCAUAGAUCUUCUCGACAAGAUAACAAAGAUAUUUUAUGGGUAGUUUUUCGUAAUUUUGUUUGUUUUCAGCAAUAUCUCCAACGAAAAGUUCUUCUAUUACGCCAUUUACUGUAUCGAGUUCUGGUAAGUAUAGUUACGUUCUAAUUCGCUUCGCUCAAACAAACGUAAAUUAUUUUCCUCUUAAAUGUAUACAUAUACAUAUAUACAUUAUAAUACAUACAAAACAAACAAUGCUAUUUGAUGGUCGGAUGCUCAGCUAGGCAUUCCAUACCGACGUGGUUUUAUUACAGACUAACAAAACAGUACAUUUGAACGAUUAAUAGUUCAAGAAAAUAACAUUCUUAUUAAAUGCCUAAAUGACCAGUAACCUCUAAUCUUCUGGGAAUAUCUUCAUGGAUAUACAUGUCUUUGAAUUUAUUUUAGGUAUCUCCUAACAGUCGAAUAGGAUCUAGAUCUCAUGAGGAAAUGAACAAUUUCAGUGGCGUCAGCCUACAAAAAACGACAAAAAUGCGAAUGAGUCUGAAAUAUUACAAACAAUAUUAACAAGGCGGGAGGGCGGGAAAACGAACGGUAAACACGUCGGAAAGUGGAAUGCGAAAGAGAGACAGAACGCAUUCUAUGCGGACGAAUUUAUAGUGUAGAUUAACCAAUCAGACGGUGCUAGAGAGCCCUGUAGAGAACUACAACAUACCAGCGGAAAAUACGUAUAAUACCCUUGUUUGCCUUAGAGUGAAAUUCAAGAAGGCUUGCUCUAUCAAGUCCACUGGGCUUGAGAGAGGUUUGAACUGAUAGUGGCCAAUUGAUUACCUGAUACUAUUGGUUUCGUUUUAGGUUUGAGGUUAGUUGGAGGAAACUGGAACGGAGAAGGAGAGUAGAGAUUUUGCACAAUGGGGUCUGGGGAACUGUUUGUGAUGACUACUGGGAUAUAAAUGACGCGAGAGUUGUUUGCCGUGAACUUGGAUAUCCAGACGCUGUUAGUGCUCCACACUCUGCACACUUCGGUCAAGGACGUGGUCGAAUUUGGUUGGACGAUGUAUCCUGCUCGGGAAUUGAAAGGUCUAUUGUAGAUUGUGGGCACAGAGGAUGGGGUGUGGAAAACUGCGGUCACGGUGAAGAUGCAUCGGUGAUUUGUUCAAGUGAGUACAACCUUAACAACCUAUGCAUAUAUUGACAAAUACACUGGUGUCUCUGGAUGUGCUUUCAUGCGUUAUUCAGUAUGCGAAAAAGCAAAGUAAUAUUAAGGCCUAGCGGAAGUGCAAAACACUGGAGAAAAAAACUACGUACCUACCUACUAGUUUGUUUCUUUUCAUAAAUAUUUUUAUCUAACCCUGACUGUGCAUUUACCUCUCUAGCUAAUGCAUCUUUAAUACCUACAACUAUUUCACCAACAUCAGGUAACGGAAAACUUCCUUUUUGAUGUUUUUCUGCAUUCAGUUUUAGAAUUUUACAAACGCAUUUUAUUUUGUUCUUGUAGCAGAAAUCUCAGUAGCGACAGUUUUUAGCUCCGUCCCAAGUGGUAUCGGUAAGUCGUUUGACUAUGCUUAACUUAUAGUUAAUCUGUACAGUAUGCGUUCAUUUUGAAAACUUAUAAACCCUUACAGUGUUUUCAGAAUUCAUUUCUGUUGUUUGUAACGUUUGAUUUAAUGCUUGAAAGAAAUAAGUCUUAUUUCAUUGACACAAACCUGUUAUCUUACUAUUCACAAGUAAUUGAACGAGUUCCAUAGAUCUUCUCGACAAGAUAACAAAGAUAUUUUAUGGGUAGUUUUUCGUAAUUUUGUUUGUUUUCAGCAAUAUCUCCAACAAAAAGUUCUUCUAUUAUGCCAUUUACUAUAUCGAGUUCUGGUAAGUAUAGAUAAUAUCCUUGUUUGCCUUAGAGUGAAAUUCAAGAAGGCUUGCUCUAUCAAGUCCACUGGGCUUGAGAGAGGUUUUUUUUCCUGAUUUAGGCCAGAAGCUCAUUGAGGUUUUGCUUGAUUGUGCUUACCACGUAAAUAAAACAAAGUACACAAAUUUUGAAGGAAACCGUUAUUUUAGGGUAACAUUAGUAAUAUACACAGGGCGGAGGGCGGGGGUAGGCGGUGGGGUGAGGGUAAAGAUCGGGUAAACUUUCACUUCGCCCCAUGUAGGGAAAUCUGAGAGAGUUCUGGACUCUGGAUUCCAUGCAGUGGAUUCCGGAUUACUAGUUACUGGAAUGAUUCCAAACUUUUUCACUUGAACUUGAAUUCUGGAUUCCAAUCGUUAGUGUGAUCCGGGUUCCUUAAGAAGUAGUCCGGAUUCCAAAGCCCAGGAUUCCGGAUUUCCUUACUUGGGGCGAUCUACUAGGCUUGAGUGAGGUUUUGUUUUUUUUAUAGGCCACUUGAGUAAUUCUUCAUCGAGGUCUACCCUAAUUAUGCUUAUCACCGACAAAAUCUGAAAGAUACCGCUGUCUAGAGUAACAUAAGUAUUAACAAACCUUCAAUUUUAUGUUAUUAGCAUCACGCAGGGAGGAGACGGAGAGUGAGGAUUACGCCAUCCUCGGAGACCCUGGGGCAGUCAGUUUGGUCGGGAGAAAAGGCGGGACGAAAGUUUUCAAGUACAGGCGAAAGAGCCCCUGGGUACCGACCUAUUUCCAAAAAUUCAAGCGGAUGCCGGCUCCUGAUUGGGCACAAAAAAUGCUUUGUAUUAUUGUGCCCAAUCGGCGAACAGUUUCUCCUGAGUUCUUUUCGUGAGUUCGUACACGACGGCUAUUACCUUCCCACACUUGCCCGGUUCGUUCACCAAGUUAGUGCGAGCAAGGGAAACUUGUAUUUUCUACUAUGCUAACCAGAAACGAAGGAGCUACCGAUAAGUCGAAAAAACGUUUGGGAUGCUAUCAGCAGGAGCAAUUCAAUUUGCCCCGAGAAUAUUCUGUUUUUGACUCAUCACAAUGUAUCGUAAAUAGUAGGAAUAUAAAGAUGCGGCGGCGAACAGCAAUAGUUUGACAAGGCAAAACAACAACUUUGCACGUGCAUCACACUUUGUUGUACAUUUCUUUGCUGUGAACUACACGACUACCCGUGAAAAUGCCUAAUUUCAUGUUUGGUGGAGGACGUAAACAAGCGAUGACAAAAUUCAUUCUCUUCAUGAACUUGGAUAUGUUGAUAGAAAUAAGCUCCAGAAGAGUUCGCUAAAAGCCUUGACAAAGUAAGCGAGUUAGAAUAAUCACGAUGGAAACUAAAAAAAUGCGAAUUCCCUUUUCCAUUCGACGUUUUCGUGGUUGUCAGCCGUCGAGGUAUCUUUUAAAAAUUCCCUAAUAUUUACGCAAGGCGUGAAUACCUGUUGUAAGCUCAAGCUUGUAUUUGUGGAAAAGCGUCUUUACUUUACGGGCAGACAGUAUUUUGAAAUCAGAUGGGGAUUUUAUAUCAAACUGAAAGAUUCCUGACUGCGUGCAUUUCUUUGGUGCAUGAGCCAGACAAGCCGUGAUCGAAACAAUAGCCGUCGUGUACGAACUCACGACAAGAACUCAGGAGAAACUGUUCGCCGAUUGGGCACAAUAAUAUAAAGCAUUUUUUUGUGCCCAAUCAGGAGCCAGCAUCCGUUUGAAUUUUUGGAAAUGUUCGGUGAGAGUCGGUACCCAGGGGCUCUUUCUCCCGUACUUGAAAACUUUCGUCGCGUUCUUUCUCCCGACCCGACUAACUGUCCCUAGGUCUCCGAGGAUGGGAUUACGCAAACUCUCACUUCUCCCCUAAAUAGUCUGAAAAGGAGUUAAAAUCAUGGCUUGACCUAAUAAGUUUAGCCUGCGUUGCAGCCGCCCACGCACUCGCCUAAACCAUUUAGAAGGUUUAGAGCGUCUGCGACGCAGGCAAAAUACGUUCUGUAGUAAUUAAGAGCGGAUAUCAGUAAAUAUCGACCAGGGGCCGGUUGCUCGAAGCCUGGUUAGAGCUAACCGUUGGUUAAGAGGUCGGUAUAGGUUUCCAUGGUAUUUAACUCUGGUUAGCACUAACCAUGCUUCGAGUAACCCGGGCCAGAGGUCUACAAAAGUGAAAAAUCGAAAAUUCUCAAAAAAAUUCACAAAGUAGCACUAGGUAAGCUAUUAACAUAAAUGUAAUUUUUACUUCGAUCCGAUAAUUAUUUUCAACGUACGGGGGAGUUAUUGGUUUCGCGGCUCGAGGGACCGGGUUUUCCAGGGCCGAGACCAUGUGUCACAAAGAGAUCGUUUUAAAAUUCAAAUCCAUUGUAAUGCGGACAACAAAUAACUUCUUCAGAAGAGUACAUAAUUGCACACAUUUUAAGUGUUGAUUUACUUAGUUUGAACGAAAAUGUAAUAUUUUGGAGAUUUUUCAUUAUUUUCAAUAUUUUGAACGUGUUCGUUCAAUGAAAAAAUGGCAAAUUUCAGAGCCCAAAAUCGCCAACUGGUACCUCGAUUUCAGUAACGAGUCUUAUACCACGUUAAGGAGCGUUAUCUCUUCUUUCAAAAGCUGUUUUCAAAACUAUAGGCAACUGAAAAGAAAAUUUUUGAGGCCAAAAGAUACAAGUAGUACUUUUCUGAAAAUUGAGCUUUCCAGACUCAGCGGGCCGAUGCUAAAAACUCAGAAAAAUGCAAUAAGAAAUCAGUUUGAGCAACAGUGGUUUAACGUUAUCAGCUAUCAGAAACCAACACGUGUUUUUCGAGCGAUCUAAUAAAAUUUAAAGCCGUUUUUCAACAAGAAAAGCAGAAUUUAGCCAUCAUCUUCUACCAAACGCAAGAGUCACGUAAGGUUGUCAAAGGGUAAAGCACAAUAAUAAAUUUCAAAAAGCACAGCGUUCUGCGUCCAGGAAUUAGACUUCAGCGGACAGAACAAUGCCUCCUAGAUAUUGGAAAUAAAAAACAUCAAGGACAGCAUCGGCAAGAGCAUCUUCGGCUGCUCUCAAACGACGGAGAUUGCGUUACUUUUCACAGAUUGACCGCUUACCACCUGUUUUCGGGCUCGCAUUUCGAAGGAACGCUUGCCUCGAGACGGGCGUUACGAAAUACAUCAAAUGUAUGACGAGACAUUGAACUGAAUUUAUCGGAAAUAUGCCACCACCACAAACAACACGAGAUUUUUUCGGGUAUUUGUCGUUUUUUAUACGAAAAGUUCGGGUAAGGAGAUUCACGCAAAAACCAUUUGGCUUAAAAAAUGUGUUUGAAACCCUGGAUUUGAAGCAAAAAGUAUUUUCAUCGAAGUAAGCUAAAAAAAAUACCCAAUUCACGCGGUGAAAAAAUGGAUGAUUAUGGAAGGAUUAUCGAAUUCUUGCCUAACCUGAGGGUUUUCUCAAUUUCCCGUGAUGUAGGAUUAGGGGUAGGAAAAAAGCCCAUAACCUGCUCCUGUCGUUGUGAAUUUCCUCAAGAUCAAAAAUUUCAGUAAGAACCGAAAAAAACAGCUUAAAGGAGGUGCACACACCUUGACCUAGCCAGGGAAAAGGGGCUUCUGAUUGAGCUAAACUGUCAUUGAUGCACGGUGCAAUUAGUUAGACCUGUUACUAUCCCUCGCGCAACCACGGGAACAAGUCCAGCCAUUUGGGCCCGGGGUUAAGGAAUACUUUGAAGCGGUCCUGUCGGGGACUUUCGGGGGUAGGGGUUGGGGCAAAUCGAAAAUAACUUCUCUUUUUUUUGUUAAGUACAUCAUUUCUAGCACGGUUGACAAGGUGACGGCGGACUCCGUAGCUGUGGAAAGGCCGUUUUGAAACAUUUCCCGGCAACAUGCAGGGCAUCACGAAAUUGACGUCAACACCUUGAAUCAACUCCAUGAACAGGGAGAGGCGAUAAGUCCCAUCUUAAAAGAUGCUUGAUGUCUAGACGUGAAUAGUCUGUCCGCAGUCAUUUUUCAUUUUGUAUAUCGGGACCAUUUGACAGCGCACGAGUGAACCGGAGCGCAGAAACGAGCCCUAACCCCACCCCAUUGCCCUUGCGGUCAAUAAAUCAUCGCGUGUUUCAUUUUUUUUAUGCGCGUUCGAGAACCUCCAAAGGGAAUAUUGAGGUCUUUGUACAGUUUCAGUUUAUUUUAGCGACGAAAAAGAAUAAAACAAAGGAAAAGACAAGUAUACAGAAAUACGCAGAAGCAAUGUGGGGAGGAAGCCCAAAAAGAAACCAUAAGGCUUAGGUCAAGGCCCCUUUUCGUUCGUUUAGCGUCGAAUAGGUUUCCUGGGUUUGGGUCGGUCGUUGGGGUGAAAAAAAAUCACAAGAAAUCUGAGAACAGGAGGCCUGAAACACCAGCAUCAUUGCCGUGGAGCCUGAAAACAAAAAGACAUGGUUACCAAAUCGACACAAACACAAUAUGGCGGAAAAUGUGAUGGUCUAUUUCAUAAAAAAAAAGGCCCAAAAAGGGUAAAAAGCAAAAAGGAUACACCACUGAACGUUUUAUGCCUGGAAAUGCUGUUAUAAUGCUCAUUUUUAGAUUAAAAGAAUUAAUUUCAGUCCAAAAAAAAAUAAACCUUGUCGUUUCUUUUUCUUGCUUUUUUAAAAAAUGCCAAAAAAACUGGGUCUGUUAGACUACACUAAACGAAGAAAAAAUUAAUAUAGGUAUUAAGCUCCCUUAAAGUAUAAAAGUAUAAGUUUACAAGGACAGGAUCGAACGUAUACUGAGUAACUAAAUGAUAAAAAUUUGAUCAAAAUUAAAUGAAAGGCUAAGAGUCUAAGCGCUGUCUGAUAACGAAACGGUAAACAAGAAGUGCUGCCUGUCAUGUAAUAGAGACGUGGAAUACUGGGUGGACCACAUCCUGAACUUGUGCGAAAACCGCAAGAGAGGAACGCUCAGGGCUAAGGAGACUAAACAGGGGCGUAGCUACUUGAACGCACGGUUCGCACGAGCGUACCCGAAAACGUUGAGGAGAAAAAAUAGAAUGAAAUAAACAUAACUAAAAAAAUCGGUUUUUAGAGAAGCGACGACAUUAAUUGGAUAACCGAAUCUUGCAUGAGUUAUUUAUAUAGCAAGCUUGAUGAUGUAAAGCGUGAACGCGUUGUUUUCUCCACGACCUGUCUUUGGAGUAGACGAAGUAGGGCACAAUUACGUCAAUGUGUGGUGCUUUUGUCGGUCAAAAAUAAUGUGACAAAAAGGGGUAAAAAGAGCUAGUCAUUUGUAAACUAAAGUCGGAGGUACUAGUCAAGCUUGAUUUUUAAUAGCUGAAUUAAUGAUAAACGGUUGACGUCAAUGAACAUAACAAGCCAACAGAAUUAAAGAAUUUUAGAGGUUGUGUCAUUUCAUAAACAGCAAAAAUGCUUUUACUUACAACCGUUAACCCCACCUUUAAUAAAGGCACCUUAGAAAAAUGUUGAGAUUUGGGGUGGGGGAGGGGGGGGCGAAGACGAUGUAGAAAAAGUUGGGCGUACCUCCGGAAAAAUCGUGACUACGCACCUGCUAAAGCCUGAAACUGAACAACAGGAGUCUUGACGAAACGUCCUCAGUUAUCAUCUGUCCGGGGUUGUACUUUCAAGGAAGCGCUGAUCAAGAAUCACUAAUGACGGAAUGAAAGCUCCUCGUAUCGCGUAGCUUCCAGCGAAAAAAGGAGUGACAACAGUGGUAAACAGUGGUAAGCGGUCGUUUUGUGAAAUGUAACGCAAUCUUUGCCGUUUACGAUCUUUCGGCGCUUGGAUUUAAAACGUUGUUGUUUGGUAUGUUCUCCCGUGUGGAUACUUGACAUUUCCAAUAUACGGAAACACCAUGCUAAGGUACGAACAACAGACAUUUACAACAUUGUUUUGUACGCUAAAAUCUGAGUUUAAUAUUGGUGCUUUGCACUCCCUUUGACAACUUCACGUGACUGGUGCACUCGGCAGGAGUUGACAGCUUAAAUCUGCCUUUCUUGAUAGCAAACGGCAUUAAUUUAUAUCAGAUCGCUGUAUAAACACGUCUUGGUUUCUGAAAGCUGAUAACAUGAAACCACUGUUGCUCAAACUGAUUUCUUAUUGUAUUUUUCCGAGUUUUUAGUAUCGGCCCGCUGAGUCUGGAAAGCUCAAAUUUCAGAAAAGUACUACUUGUAUCUUUUGGCCUCAAAAAUUUUCUUUUCAGUUGCCCAUAGUUUUGAAAACAGCUUUUGAAAGAAGAGAUAACGCUCUUUAACGUGGUAUAAGACUCGUUACUGAAAUCGAGGUACCAGUCGACGAUUUUGGGCUCUGAAAUUUGCCAUUUUUUCAUUGAACGAACACGUUCAAAAUAUUGAAAGUAAUGAAAAAUCUCCAAAAUAUUACAUUUUCGUUCAAACUGAGUAAAUCACCACUUAAAAUGUGUGCAGUUAUGUACUCUUCUGAAUAAGUUAUUUUUUGUCCUCAUUACAAUGGAUUUGAAUUUUAAAACGAUUUUUUUGUGACACAUGGUCUCGGCCCUGGAAAACCCGGUCCCUCGAGUCGCGAACCCACUAACCCCCCCGUACGUUGAAAAUAAUUAUCGGAUCGAAGUAAAAAUUACAUUUAUGUUAAUAGCUUACCUAGUGCUACUUUGUGAAUUUUUUUGAGAAUUUUCGAUUUGUCACUUUUGUAGACCUCUGGUCGAUAUUUACUGACAGCCGCUCUUAAGUGUCUUUAGUGCCUUGUUAGAGACCAGUAAGAAAACAAACAAAAAGCUACUGCAAAACAUUAAAGAUAUUGUCGCAAAAAAUCGAAUAAAAAAUGGUGGCUUUUUCUUAACAAGAGAUCAAAGAGAGGAUAGAGCUUUGAAAAUUUAUUGCAUUUAAAAUUAUAAUAAGUUUUAAAAACGGAGCUAAGAGAUUCCGCCGAUAAAUUCUUGGUGUAGUGUAAUGGAAAGUAGUCUUUUUUAAUGGUGCUGUAUGAUUCAAAAAAAUGAAGUGAAAGAAACACUGGGACAAAAACAUUUUUUUAUUCUUUCUUCUUUCCUCUUUUGUUUAUUCAUUCAAAUUACUCCCAGAAUGCUACAGUUACGGUUACCUGAAUGACUCGGUAAGAGCACAAAGCUUCUACAACGGAUUUCAUGGUUAUUAUCAGUGUGAUAAUAACCUUCCUUUUGGAUGGUAUCGAUUUAGUGGGGCAGCAGGAACUCAAAUGGCCACUAGUUGUGUUGGAAAAAAUCGCUGCAGCUCGCACGCGCCGGGAUGGUUAAGUACCGCGCACCCUUCAGAGGAUGAUGGGAUUGUCAAUGGUACAGUCUGCUUCCACUGGUUUAGUAGCUGUUGUCACUGGUUGACGAAUAUACGAGUUCGUAACUGUAAUGGGUUUUAUGUGUAUGAGCUUGGACCACCCCCAACAUGCCGGUUACGUUACUGUGGAAACGGAGGAGGUAUGUCGCAUCUUUAACAACAAACCGGCAAGAUAUGGCCUGUGUGGCAGGCGGAAACAAAUGGUCCCUUUUCAUCUCUCCCCAACCCCUUCUCCCUUUUCCCUCCCUUACCCAUUUUUGCGUCUGUCGCGCAGGCUAGAAAAGUAUAACAACCAUUUUCUUUUUCUUACUAAGAAUCUCUGUUAAAUUUCCUUGACAGCUUAUAAUUCAUCUUCAAGUCUUGACAGGAUUUCCCCAAACGCAGGUAUUCAAUGUUCGCUUUUUUUCAAAUGAAAACAUGACCCAAGUUUAGAGUAACUAAUCUGUAAGGUCAGUAGGGUUUGAGUCCACAUAUUGAAAGUUAUUCAUUUUAAGACCAAAGUAGAUACAACUUUCUUGCUCACCUAUAUGACUGUUUCUCUUUAACUUGCAGCUAUGUCUCCAACAGUUACAGCUUCUUCCUCAGUCUCUUCCUUUGGUAAGAAAGUUAGGUCGCUUCAAUAUUACACCUUGUAAUGACGCGUCCUUUUUUUUAACUACUUACCUUCCUACUGGUUUGUUUCUUUUCAUAAAUACAUUUAUCUAAUCCUGCGCAUUUACCUCUAUAGCUAAUGCAUCUUCAAUACCUACAGCUAUUUCACCGACAUCAAGUAACAGAAAAUUUCCUUUUUGAUUUUUCCUGCAUUCAGUUUUAAUUAGAAUUGUAACAAACACAUUUUAUUUUGUACUUGUAGCAGAAAUCUCAGUAGCGGCAGUUUCAAGCUCCGUCCCAAGUGGUAGCGGUAAGUAGUUUGACGAUGUUCUAUGCUUAACUUACAGUAAUCUGUACAGUAUGCCUUCAUAUAACAGAUAUUACCAAGGAUUUUUAGUUUUCGGAUUGGUGGUGAACCCUGGACAUUUUCAAACGGUUUACCCUGUAAACCUUUCGUUCUUUCCAUUCCAAGGAACUUGUGCAAAAUCUGAAGCCCCCCCCCGAAUGGAUUUCCAUGGAAACAACGUAAACAGACGGUUUAUACAGAGUCGGAAAAAUGAAGAAAGGAAGUUUUAAGUUACUUUUAAUUCCACAUUUAUUUCUACAUAUUCCUAACCUGAUUUCUGGUCGGCUGUCUUGUACUGUCUGAGGAUAUAUCGAUAUCGUGCGUAUGAGGAUUGGAAUGGGACGGAGAAAAUUAGGCCGCGAAAAAUUCUUACCUGUCAUUGUUUUUUUUUUUUCUCCUUUCCCCACUUUUCAGACUUUUUCCAAAGGUCGAACACCUUUUAAGGAAGUUAAGCUAAUAUUUCCCAAUUCGUUUUUGCACAGCUAGUCAAAUUGCUCCUUCUUCAUCGUCUGAUUACUAUCCACCAUCCAGUUCGUAUGCGCUUCCACCUCCUUUGGGCUUCCACUUUCAUGUGCCAGCGGAUUGUGAUCAAAUCUGCACCAACACUCAAGGCAGCUAUAGCUGUUCUUGUGUCAGUGGUUAUCGACUGUCCUCUGAUGGAAAAUCCUGUUUAGGUAAGGUCUCACGUUAAAAUAGAUGUGCUUAUAAUGAGAUCAUCUAGGAUAAUUCAAAGAACCAAGUAGAAGCGUGUGGGUGAGAUUAGUGGCGCACUAAUAAUUCAUACAACCUACUGAGGUCUACAUGCGCUGUGACUGAUUAUCGCAUCCUCGGAGACUCAGGGGCAGUCAGUCGGGCCGGGUUAAAAGGCGCGAAGAAAGUUUUCAAGCAUGGGCGGAAGAGCCCCUGGGUACCGACUCUCACCGGACCAUUUCCAAACGGUCAAGAGAAUGCUGGUUCCUGAUUGGGCACAAAAAAUGCUUUGUAUUAUUGUGCCCAAUCGGCGAACAGUUUCUCCUGAGUUCUUUUCGUAAGUUCGUACACGACGGCUAUUAUCUCGCCACAGUUGCCCGGUUCGUUCACCAAGCUUUCCUAACCAGAAACAAAGGAACUACCGAUGAGUCGAAAAACGUUUCGGAUGCUAUCAGCAGGAGCAAUUCAAUUUGCACUGAGAAACUGAAUUCUGUUUCUGACGGAUCACAGUCGUAAAUAAUAGGAAGUUUAAGAUGAAGCGGCGACGAGAAAGUAAAAAAAGCAAUAGCUUGCAUUGAGAAGGCAAAACAACAACUUGCAUCACGCUUUUUUGUAUAUUUCUUUGCCGUCACUGCACGACUACCACGUGAAAAUGCCUAAUUUCACGUUUUGUGAAGGGCGUAAACAAGCAAUGACAAAAUUUUCUCUCUCUUUAUGAACUUGGAUAUGGUUGAUAGAAAUUCAGCUCCAGAAGAGUUCGCUUGCAUUUGACAAAGUAAGUGCGCUGGAAUAAUCACGAUAGAGACUGAAAAAAUGUGAGUUUACUCUUCAUGCGACGUUUUCGUGGUUGUCAGCUGUCGUGGCAUAUUAAACUCCCUAAUAUUUACGAAGGCGUGAUCGAUGCAAGCGUGAAUACCUGUUGUAAGCUCAAGCGUGUAUUUUUGGAAAAGCGUCUUUAGUUUUCGUGUAGAAAGUGGUUGUCUUUACACUAGGCUGUUAAGUUUUACUUAACCAAAAAUGCGUGUGUGAUUAGGCCUAUGCAAAAUCUCAAGUAACUUUACUUUGCAUCUCAUUGAAGUCGGAAAGUUGAAACGAUUCAAGAAGGUUUCAAGUCACUUGAAAACUAUCCUUAAAACCGACUUAAGCGAACUUGCGGUUUCCAAGCUUUGAGAAAGGCGAAGCAUGUCAAUCAAUCUUAAUUACGUUGCGUGGGAAAACUUGAAGUAAAAAAGAUAGGUUGUGUGUGAAGCUUUCUUUUACUUGAAGAAUUUAAAAUUUACUUGUCUUGAAAUAUUUCUUGGCUUCUUUAGGCUCUAGUGUAAAGACUACCAGUAUUUUGAAAUGUAGCGUUUAUAUCAAACUAAAAGAUUCCUGACUGCGUACAUUUCUUUGGUGCAUGAGCCGGACAAGCCGUGAUCGAGUCAAUAUAUUUAGCCGUCGUGUUCUAACUCACGAAAAGAACUCAGGAGAUACUGUUCGCUGAUUGGGCACAAUAAUACAAAGCAUUUUUUUGUGCCCAAUCAGGAGCCAGCAUUCGUUUGACCGUUUGGAAAUGGUCCGGUAAGAGUUAGUCUGCUACACAGCUGUUUUUAGAGUCGUCACGCAAUGCUCCUCCCCACUAACGGCUGCUGAAAAGCGAACUACAUUCCUUUCCCGUGAUUAGCCAAUUAUAACUCAGCUCCCAUUUUCUGGAAUGUGUUCGCGCCACGUUUGCGGUACUGUGACUCCUCCAAUCACCGCUUUGCUUUUAUCGGUGCUCCAUGUGUGAAUGACAGAAUAAUCAAAAUCGUCGCGUGAAAACAAGCAAUUAACUACAGUAGUGUUGUCGUAGUCGAGUCCUAUUCAAAAUUUAGGAGAUAAGCAGCAGCAGCCAGCAAGUCGAGCAAAUUGCGAUGCACAACAUGGAUGUUCUUAUAAAGUUGCCAGGUAUAGUUUCGUUAAAUCGCUCAUCGAUAAUUUAGAAGAUUGCUUUUUGAAUCAGUACCCUUGAGAGUUUAGUCUUCACAGGAACACAAUGAGCACAUCCGGCACAUUAAAUUCUUCAUUACAUAUCAGUACAUGUGCACGUUAAACUGAAGAACCAACCGAUCCUGGUAAAAGUCUUCUAGGCCUAUCAAACCUUUUUUUCACUUGGAACUUUCUUGACCGCUUAAAACAAACGUUUUCGCCAAUUAACCUUUUCGUUGCUUGAAAGCACAGAGCCCGUCUAAAUUCAGCGACGAUUGAUUGAUUUGUCGAAAACUGAGAAGCGUGCUCGCUUCCUAGCGCCCUGCGGCUCACGUAUUGUCAAAUUUCUUAUACAUGAUUGGCUUGUUCGUUAGACCACAAACACAAAGGGAAAGGAAUGUAGUUCGGUUUUCCGCAGCCGUUUGUGGGGAGGAGCGUUGCGUGACGACACUAAAAACGGCUGUGUAGCAGACUAGGUAAGAGUCUGUACCCAGGGGCUUUUCCGCCUGUUCUUGAAAACUUUUGUCGCGCCUUUCCUCCCGGCCCGACUGACCGCCCCUGGGUCUCCGAGGAUGUGAUUAUCGUUGCCUAUACACCGAAUGAAAAUAUGGCGGACCUCUCGGCCGGCCCGGGUCUAGUUGCGCGAAAGCGAGGCUAGUGAGGCCUCAAGAGUUUUGUUUUGACUGCGCGUCUUGGCGAUUGAGUUGAUCGAUAUGGUUUGCUUCGAGUUGUUGCAUGCCUGAGGGCCACCAAAAAGAAUAUUUUACUCUAGCUGGAAUAGCCUUUACUUUCCCCAGAUCUUUUCACAAAGAAAAUUAAGGAUUCAUGCGAUUCGGCGCGGCGAUGGGAAGCACUUUACAGCGAAAGUGUGCUCGCUUCACUUGCUUUAGAUGAGAGGACUCACGAAAGUAUUUGAAUGAAAUAAUUUCACAAGAGAUGGUGCUGUUCCAAGAUGUUUGCAUGGUCUGUUAUUCAUACAACAAAAGGUAAACAUUCUCGGGAACGGGAGCAUUCGCUGUGGACUGUAAGAUCUUUUAGAUUUCACGCUGAAAACAACUGCAUUAAAAUAUAACAACAACAAUAACAAUCGUCUGUUAAUCCUACAAGCGUGGCCUGUGAAACUAUGUAAGAAUUAGAAGAAAGCGACAUAUUUCAAGAACAGUCCUUGACCAAAGUGCACUGAAAAAACUAACAGAGGAACCGUUGCCAACUAAGAAAGUAAGAAGAAGGAAAAAGGUUCUGGCAGAGAAAGAGCGUGCAAGUAUUCGAGCAUUGUAUUUGACCUUGCGCGUGAUCUAUUUUAGCAACUUUUCGAAUGGUUUAGAGAUAAACUAACAGCGAUAUUCCAAAAAUUGCUUCUUUUAUGGCACUUCUCAAACUCUUGAACACAGGAUCGUGAAGACUGUGAAAACAUUCGGCCUUGUUGUCUGUCGUUGUGUCCCUGAGAGCGCCUAAAGAUUGGUAAGUCGCGACGGCGGAAUCACUCGUUCUCGAGGAUAUUUACUUUUCCUUGGUAAGAGAACGGACAAAGCAAACUUAAAACAGAACCAUGAAUCUUUCAGUUAUUCGCCCAUUCCAAUAGUUUCGUGAGUCUUCUCUUCUGAAGUGAAGCGAGCAAACUUUCGUUCUUUUAACUCCGUGAUAGAAAAGUGCCUCCAUUCGCCACGCCGAAUUGCUUGGAUCCAUUUCUUUCUUCGUAAAGAACCUUGGCAAAGCGAAGAUAAUCAACUUUCGUCUCUGCUGGAGUUAAAUCUCCUCUUUGAUGGCUCUUAAGCACGUAACAACUCGAAGGAAGCCAUAUUCAUCGACUGAAUCGCUAAGCCCCGCAGUCAAAACAGAACUCUCGAGGCCUCACUAGGCUCGCUUUCGCGCAACUAGACCCGGGCCGACCGAGAGAUCCGCCAUAUUUGCAUUCGGUGUAUGAUCUAUUUAACUAGUAAUAAUCAAAGGUUACGGAGUGCGGGCGACAACGAUCGAAGGUUAAAACGCUUUUGCGUAAGUUUCACGUGGCAGAUAGUCAAAACACGCGUGAUCAGAUUUCGAGUGAUCGAAAGUCCAAACGCGCGUGAUCAAAUUGCGUUAUGUGCAUUCCAUUAAUUCUUAGUGCAAGUCCAAACGAAUGCUGGCUACAUACAUGCGACGCUUGCGUAAAAACAACCUGGAGAUUGGGAUUGUAGACUCCUCUUGUCGCCCGCAACAAUUAGACUACGAGUUCGAGUCAACACGAGUCAGUAGUCAACCAGGCACGUAGCACCGAGUUGACUAUGCGAGCAGUGACACUCACGAAACGAGAACCAGCAUUAUAGUAUACAACUAUCCCUCGAAGGGGAGGUGAUAUAUACCUCGACGCGAAGCGUGGAGGUAUAUAUCUAGCGCUAUAAACCCACCCUGAGGGGGAUAGUUGUUUUAGUAUUUUCUAAAUAAGUCGGAUAAAAUCAAAAAGGAACUUUUUGUAAAUAAAAGGCGUCACUUAGUUAGAGUUUGUUUACGUUUCAAUUGACAGUGUUUCGGCGAUCAUUUUUUAUGAUUAUUUUGCAAAAUCAGUAAGAAAGUUUUUUUUCUACCGACCAGUAAACGCCAACAAGCCAAAUUUUGUCUCUUUUUUGGUAUUUGUUGGUGUAGCUGCUUCAUUCACCGCUAAAAUUUCAUCUUUUGAAACCGUUUCGAAAAGAGAAGCCAUUUUGAAUCCCGUCCCAAAACAGUGAAUAUCCAAGGAUAUUCCGAGUUACGGUAGCCAAUCAAAACGCACGAAAAUUGCUAUCCACUGAUUUGAUGAAUACUAAGAGCCAUUUUCUGAGAAAAUCGAGAAUCGCAAGACACUCGUCAAAAAAUCGAAUUUUUUACUAUUUUGCCAAAACAUCCCUUUUAGUGACCUAAUUUAAGGAAAAAUAGUUUUGGGUUCAAACGAUUCAUUUUAAAGGAAAAAUUAAAAAAAGUUUGAAAAAUCGAUUUUAUUCCUGUUUUUCGAACAAAACACGGCAGGAUGCAAUGGCAACUUCGAGAGAAGGGUGAACGCGUAAGAAACAUUCCCCGACACUGAAACUUCACCGAAUUAUUAUUUUGUUCUUACUCCUGAAAACCUUAAAAGAAAAUUUGAAAAACAAUGUCUUUUAUUUUUAUAAUCGACAAGUCUAAAGAGGUCAUAUUUGUGACGUUAGACAUGCUAGAAAACGAAGGCCAACUUUGACUAUUAAAAAAGGCCUCUGGUAUAUGCCGCUUGCUCAUAAAAUCAAUAUAAAAUGGAACCUUGGCGUUUGCACUAACUUACUGGAAAGUUUUAGCUCUGGAAAUCAAAUACCAUCCUGACACCAAAGCAAGCGGUGAGAGCAAUUGAAUUGGGAAAUUUAUGCAAAUUAGACGGCUUGCGGACGGUUGUCAAACUAAAAGAAAGGUUUUACAUGAAAGGAUUACUCACCAUUGCUUGUAACACGUUUUUACGGCAAGGAAAGUUAUUUCCAACUUUUGUUGCGUCGGUUUGAGUCACAAAAUCCAUAAUUUUAAGCCAAAAGGUCCAAAAGACAAACGUACGUUUGCUCAGCGACUGCGCCAGAAUCCGGCCGUGAAUCGAAAUAAAGUCACAACACGUCACUGCGGUCCUUGAGAAGAAAGAGUUGCAAGAGUUUUUACUCCAGUCAGGAGGCCAAAAUUAAAAAGAUUGAAAAUUCAUCGCAAACUAAUGACUUCGAUUUUGAAAACCUUUCAUCACUUCAAUCGUUCGUCGGCUGAUGAUAAACAUCGCACAAGAUAGUAUGACCUUUGGGGUGUGACCGGAAAUCGGUCACACGCUUAAGUCACGUUAGCAUACUGUCACGAAUUUUAAUACGAUUUUUCACGUUUGCUUUCGACAAAAAAUAGACUCAUCGAAAUAAAAUCAGGCUUGCUUUAUUUUUUUUAAAUUUCUUUUAUAGCCUGCAGAACUUGUUUCCCAUGCAUCGCGCGUGUCUCGCGCCCCCAGUCAGCUUCGCAGUGCUAGCGUGAAAAGCGCCAAAGACUGAAAUUGACUCCUGUUCUGCAGUUGAUUUCUUUUAUAGACACCUUCUAGGCAUUGACAGGCUGUGGAAAAAGUGUUUAUUAUUAUUAUUAUUAUUAUUAUUAUUAUUAUUAUUUUUUGAAGUGCUACAUCAUUUUCCUAUAAAUUUCAAACGUGACUGUUGAAAGACUGUUUGGAACCCAUGGAUGGAGAAAAGCUGUGCCGGAGAGAAGGUCAACCUCCCAGCCGAGCCAACUUUUGCGAGCGUUUAUAUGAGGAAAAAACUGACCACUUUGUCCGAGUCAACAGUGCUUGCGCAUGCUGUCUUUGUCUAGCCUUGACCGUGUUGUCCCAGCUAGCUGGGCGAGCCAAAGUGGAGAAAUAUUAGCCGGGCUAGAAGGGUGAGGCCACCACUACCGGCUCAGUGGAGGGCUGACUUGGGAAGCCUUCAACCCCGCCCACUACUGGUAGUAAGGCGUCUAUCCGAACCAACCUUUUGUUUCUCAUUUAAAUGGUUUACCAAGUUUUGUAAGGAAAUGGAGGAAAAGUUGGCUCGCCCAGGGUAGCUUGGGAGGUGAGUAAACACCAGAUAACCCCAAUAAUAAGCACAAACUUUGAUUGUCAGUUAGAUGUCCACUAUUUUAAGUAAGCGACCUGGGAUGUGAUUGUCGCAUCCAUGCCCCCUUCCAGAUCCCCUUCAUUAUCGGUAAGCCUCUGAUAGGUCAAAGUAAUACAGUCGUGCCUCCAGUAAGCGACCACCAAAAAUGCAAAGACUUAGUGGUCUCUAACGGGAGGUGGCCGUUUAGAAGAAUCGGACCAGGGAGGCAGCGUGGCCGAGUGGUCAGCGCGUCGGACUCGCAAUCCGGCGGUCCCGGGUUGGAGUCCCGCUCUGGCCACUUGCUGGAUUUGUGCUCGGUCGUCCCGAGUUUAAAUUCUCGACCACGCUUGUAAAUAGCCAACUGGUUGCCUUCUGCCAGUUGGGGUUUUUAAUCCUGUUAUGUUGUAUUUGAAUUAUUUGUUUUUAAAUAUUUGAGUGGAGUGCCUGUAAAUUAGCUGACUAGCUAAGUGCACCUUCCACUAUAAACAUGUCUUUAACUUUUUUUUAUGGGGUCUAUUCCGAGAAGAGGUCCAGGCACAUUCUAUUAAAUGGCGGUGUAACAAAUUCCUGGCAAAAUAUUAUCUUUUACCUCUUUUGACAAAUACAGCUUUUAAAUCAUGCUCAAUUUAAAGAGGGAUUCAGGUGAGUGAGAUAUAGAAUAGUCUAGAAUCACAACAGAAUCUUCACUUUGUUGGCUACAUCUACUAAGUUAGGAUAUGUGUAGUUCCACGAUGUCACUAAAGGUCUUCAUAUUUUCUAAGGAACAUAGUACACACAGCAAAAAUAGAGAGCAGAGAAUGCGUCAACUGGUCGCGAUCGCUUAUGGAAAACAAUUAACCGUGACGCCCAAAAAGUGGUUGCAGUCACUUACAGAAGGUGGUCGUUUACUGGAGGUUCCAACUGUAAGGCUUUGACUGGGAAAAUUUGGUCUUUUGGAUUGGCGUUCGCACAUGGAGGUUCGACUGUGUUAGGUCUAUUAGAGUAUAAGCCACCAUCACCUCACUGUGAGUGACGAGAGCCCGGAAAGUAUGGUAUACACUCCCUUAGGAUACACAGAAUCGUUGUUUUGAGGUCCCGUUUAGCGAAAUGGAUCAUUCAAGGGAGGUGCUGAAGUCCCAUAGUGAAAUUUAUAAGGUUUAUGGGUUUUUAGUGCAAGGCGAAACACAAUACUUAGGGCCCUGUUGUUCAAACGUUGAACGACAGGAAAUCACUAUCAAGCGAAUCAGAAGAAGCAAUUGCGUUACUUAUUGGAUAUAGAUUUAUCCAGGGGAAAGCGUUAGUCCCGGGGGCGUUAGUCAACUUUUCGAACAUACAGCCCCUCAGUCACUCUCCUCCGCAGACUUACCCCGGGUAGACUUCGAGUAGUCCUCCAUUUUUUCUCAGGGAUAGUAGAGCGAGCGAAACGAGAGGGCGCGUGAAAAUUACCCCACGCGAGAACAGGCACGCGCACUCGCGUUUCGCUCGCUCUACUAUCCCUGAGGAAAAAUGGGGGACUACUCGUAGUCCAUACCCUGGGCGACCAGGAUAGGGGAAUAUAAUACUCGACCUUCCUUGCAUCAUCGCGAGAGCCUAUAGCCUUCACUUUCUUUUGGCUCGUCCUACAAUCCUACCUAACGUUCGUGGGACAGGAAAGUCUGCGUGCGAGGCUUGGGAAUCUAGGGAGACUUAUGGUAGCAUGGUGCAAAUAGCCGGGAUGAGCUACCAGUUGUCCACACGAACCAAGAGGAUUGGGUCUGCUAGAAGAAAUCAGGUGUAGCUUUCUGUGAUAAGUAAUAUUCCAACAGUAUAGGAUCAUAGUUUGAAGCCAUUUCACAAUCACUAGUUUCCGCGCACCUCUACCGGCGAGUUGUGGACAAAAGCAGCUGAUAGCUGUAUACGAACCUUUUUUCCACAAAAUGGUUUCUGGGUUUUCGUAUUCGACAGUGUCAUGUAUUGAUUUUUUUUUUAAAUCUUAAUCGAGGUCUUUUUUAUUAUGUACUGUCUAUCUGACUGACUGUUUCUUUGUGUUUUUUUUUUCUGGUAAUAACAGGUUUCAUAAUUUGGUCGUGGUUGGGGUUAUAGGCUCCUGCUGAUCGUGAGCAAAUAGCGAAAAAAUUCGAACAAGCAAAACCAAAGUGAACUAUAGCGUUGAAUCCGUUGGCCACGGAGAAUUGGUAUUAUUCUGCAAGUCCUUUACUACAGCAAGAGAGUAUACUCCCUUGACUAUGGGACAUUGGGCCGGGGGAACUUAGUAUUUUGACCCGGCAUAGGGGAGGAGGGGAGGGGGAGGGGGAGGGGAGGGGGUACUCUGGCCAGAUUCCAAGUCACGGGGAUGAUUGAAGUAUGUUUUUUUCUUGGUUUGAAAAUAUUUUGAACAAUUUUUUUUUUUAGCUGGGGCUUUACUUAAGUAUUCAAAAUAUUCGUUGUUUUUUGGUCUUAAUUUUCACUUCCACGGAUCGCUCACGACACUUGGAAUCCGAGUUACCCCUCCUGUUUAGUACGUCGAAGGCAAAAAAGCUGUUUCAAAGCCUAGUAGGUAAAUAAAAGAAAAAUAAAUAUGCAUGGCUGUUUCUACUGCGAUGAGAGGAUUUCUUGUCAAAAAAUGUGAAAACUGUGUUAAAAUUGCUGACAACAGCUACGAAAAUUUCGUGACAGCAUGCUGACGUGACUAAAGCGUGUGACCAAUUUCCGGUCACACGCCAAAGGUCAUACGAUCUUGUGCGAUGUUUAGAAUAUCAGCCGACGAACGAUUGAAGUGAUGAAAGGUUUUCAAAAUCGAAGUCAUUAGUUUGCGAUGAAUUUUUAUUCCUUUUGCCUCCUGACUGAAGUAAAAACUCUCGUAACUCUUGCUUCGACGUGUUGUGACUUUAUUUCGAUUCACGGCCGGAUUCGGACGCAGUUGCUGAGCAAACGUACGUUUGUCUUUUGGCUGAAAAUUAUAUAUUUUGUGACUCAAAACGACGCAAAAGAAGUUGGAAAUAACUUUCCUUGCCGUAAAAACGUGUUACAAGCAAUGGUGAGUAAUCCUUUCAUGUAAAACCUUUCUUUUAGUUUGACAACCGUCGGCAAGCCGUCUAAUUUGCAUAAAUUUCCCAAUUCAAUUGCUCUCACCGCUUGCUUUGGUGUCAAGAUGAUAUUUGAUUUCCAGAGCUAAAACUUUCCAGUAAGUUAGUACAAAAGCCAAGGUUCCAUUUUAUAUUGAUUUUAUGAUCAAGCGGCAUAUACCAGAGGCCUUUUUUAAUAGUCAAAGUUGGCCUUCAUUUUCUAGCACGUCUAACGUCACAAAUAUGACCUCUUUACACUUGUCGAUUAUAAAAAUGUAAACCAUUGUUUAUCAAAUUUUCUUUUAGGAUUUUCAAGAGUAAGAACAAAAUAAUAAUUCGGUGAAGUUUCAAUGUCAGGGAAUGUUUCUUACGCGUUCACCCUUCUCUCGAAGUUGCCAUUGCAUCCUGCCGUGUUUUGUGCGAAAAACGAGCAUAAAAUCGAUUUUUCAAACUUUUCCUAAUUUCUCCUUUUAAAUGAAUCGGUUGAACCCAAAACUAUUUUUCCUUAAAUUAGGUCACUAAAAGGGAUGUUUUGGCAAAACAAAAAAAAAUUCGAAUUUUUGACGAGUGUCGUGCGAUUUUCGAUUUUCUCAGAUAAUGGCUCCUAAGAGCUUUUAUCACUCAUGCUACCUUCAAUUUGAUACCAAGUUUUGAUGAAAAUAUUAUAUAUAAACCUCUGUUUACACAACUUUCGUUCGCGAAAGAAGUUGCCACAAAAGACAAUUUAUGGCCGAUACUUAAAUUAUCUUAUUUGCCAACUUGAAGCAUUUAUCUAUUUUAGUUGUGAUUCAGUAAGACCUUAAACAUACUCUUCACAGAUAUUGACGAAUGUUCUACGAACAACGGUGGCUGUAGCCAUCAUUGCUACAACAUUCCUGGAUCGUUUUAUUGUGGAUGCCCUCAAGGUACAACAAUGGCCAGCAAUAAUUUGACUUGUGUUGGUAAGUUUGGUCGUGUCUCAUAACAAGCAAAAUUAACAGGCCAUUUGCAAGAUGACGUCAUUUUACUACUACGACCAGAAUCCUUCAGGAUUUGCUUUCCUGUGUAUAUUAGCGCUUUUGUUAAUUAAACCUCACUGCUCACUGGAAUUAACAAAUUUGUAUAUGAAAGCAAAAACGUAAUGAAUUUUGUUCGUAGUAGUAAAAUUGACGCCAUCUUCAGGCCAAAUUUUUAAUUAAAAAAAGUGCUAACUAGCGUAUUCUGCUAAGAUAUUUUCUGCAACGAGAUUUAUCUUGAUGCCUUGCUUAUUUUAGAACCCGGCGUUUCAGUUGCAUGUGACGAGAACAACAUGAGCAUUUCUUUGGAGAAGCAAACAUUUCCAUUUUUGAACGUCAGCAGUUUACAUCUACGUUAUGUUUCAUGCAGGUAGUGUAUAAUUUUAGUACUGAAUACAAGAGCUCAUGAGUCGGUUUCUAAGAGGCUGAUUAGCGCUAAUCCGGGAUUAAAAUUUUUGUUCCGUAUUUUACCUUGCUUUGUAUUGCUUAGAAUAACAUUUUGUGUUAGCAUUACUCAGUACCUCGGAUCCGGAGUAAAGGCUAAUCAAUAUUUUGCAAGGUCGAGUAGCAUGUUUUUAGACGAAAAACAUGGCUUAAAAUUUGGCUUAAUCCUGGGUUAAACUUAACCAUCUUUUAAGGAACUGGGCCCAGCACUGAAUGUACCGCCACCCGCACAGUUCAGUUGGGCGAGCGCCUGUCUGCCGGGCGGCAGGUGGUGGGUUCCUUUGACCAACUACGAGAGUCUUUUAGAACACUGGCGGUAAGAUCACGCUACCUGUGAAUAUAGUAGAUCUUGUCUCUGUUCAGAUGUUCGCGUCAUAAGAUGUGACGGUUAGCCUUGUCUCCUUCAUCCUUCUUUCAUUGGUCAAAUCAUAUAAAGGGGUCAUAAAUGACCCACACUAGUCUCAUGUUGGAAAGAAUAGAGAUUUUUUCCUGGUGGUAUGGUCAAGGUAUGUCCAACCUUUAUCUAAUGGGCUGGGUGGGUUACAGUAGGGAGCUUAAGCUACUACGACGGCGACGGCUACGAAAACGUCGCUUAAAAAGUGAAUUCGCGCUUAUUCCAUCUCGUUUAGUUCGUCGACCGGAGGCAAGCCCCUUUCUCUUU